AAGCGCAGUUUCUGUCCGUCAGUCACGAUGCGUGCCAUAAUACUACUGUCGCUGUUUAUUUUAUCUAUCUCCUUUGUCAAAACUGCACCACAGUCAAAACUACAAAUCAACCCAGAUGUAGAAGGCAAGCCGUUCGUGGAGGAGGUAUUAGUGGAGUCAGUGCUGCACGUGAGGAGUCCGUCCGUGGCUCGCAGUUCCCGCACCAACACUAACACAAACCUGCAAGACGGCACCAGAGUCACCGAGAACAAGAUCUAAUAUAUCUUUUUAUUGUAGUUAUUAAAAAAAAAUACAAUCAUGUAAAGUAAACCAAAUUUCUAUAAGAGGCUAUUUUAUGAAUUCGACAAUGUUA